AUGUGGACCCGCACUCUCACCCUGCUCUCCGUCCUCCUGCUGGCUGCUCAGGGGCUCCUGACAGAGGCCCAAAGUGGAGAACAGGAUGACGUGAAUUUGGAGGCGGAGCAGGAUGGGUGGGUUCCUCUGGAGAAGCCCGUGAUAGUGUCCACAAGCCCGCCAACCCAGGUCAUUGUCACUGGCAGCUUUGUGAGCAGAGACCAGGCCAAAUGCAAUGUGACCGUGACCAGGCAGGAGGCAGGAGUCCAUCUGCAGGCCCAUUGUGUUCGACUGCACCACGAGUUCUCCUGUGUCUUUGCGGGCAACCCCACGGCGUGCCUGCACUGCUUGAACAACGACAAGGUCUACUGGAGACAAAUUGGCUGGCGCCUGCGCCAUUUGAACCGCAUCUGUGAGGACUCCAAGGCCAUCUUGAAUACCAGGGUGUGUGGUACCAAGUAUCCAGAAUCCAGUCUCACGCUGCUGAGCCCCACUCUGGCUUCCAAGACGUCUGUGCAGGGACUGAAGCCCACCCCCACGGUGUCAGUCAAGGGGAAGCAGCCAUCCCAGACAGAGCCAUCCAAAGACAUACAUUAAGAGUUCUCCAAGGAGGCAAUGCAGAGCAAAAGGCCCGCCCCCACCACAAGUCAAAACAAGAUGAGCCAUGCCCACCAAUCCAAGAAUGCAUCCCAGAAGACAAGUCAGCAUGAGGGCCAGCAGGAACAGCAGCACCAGACACAGCCAGCCCAGCAGGAGGAUGAGCACUGGUUCCAGCAGAAGUCCCAGUAGAUGACCCGGGAGUGACGGGCCUCCCCCAGCUUGUGCUGCAGCGUCGCCCUCGGCCCCA